ACGGACGCGUGGAUACUAGUGCGUAUUCCCAAAAAAAGAAAAGAAAAGAAGCAUUUCCUCAUUUCUUCUCUUUUCUCCCUUAGUUAUCCAUCCCCAAGGCCAAAACCCUAACCACACAGGGAGACUGAGCCACAGGGAGAGGCAGCUCUACGUCUUCUUCACCGGCGGUAGCGGACUUUCCUUCUCCUGCCGCGGCAUCGCAUCACCGACAGUGAUAGCACAGCAACCUCCUCCUCUGGCUAUUCGUCGACCCAGGUCCUUCUCUCGAUCUCUGUUGGAGCGGCCAUGGCGAUUGACAGACCAGGUUCAGCUUCGAUCCAGAACCCGACCCAGUCAAGCAAGCUCCGAUGGGGAGAGCUCGAGGAGGAUGACGGGGAGGAUCUGGACUUCCUGCUGCCGCCGCGCCAGGUGAUCGGCCCCGACGAGACCGGCGUGAAGAAGGUGAUCGAAUACAAGUUCAACGAAGACGGCAACAAGGUCAAGAUCACUACUACCACUCGCAUCCGUAAGCUCGCCAAGGCUCGCCUCAGCAAACGCGCUGUCGAGCGCCGCUCCUGGGCCAAGUUCGGCGACGCCGUCCACGAGGACGUUGGCAGCCGACUCACCAUGGUCUCCACCGAAGAGAUCGUCCUUGAGCGACCUAGGGCUCCUGGUAGCAAGCCUGAAGAGACAAAGGUUGCGGGAGACUCCUUGGCUCAACUUGGGAAAGGUGGUGCUCUUAUGUUGUGUAGGACUUGUGGUAAGAAGGGUGACCAUUGGACUUCAAGGUGCCCUUACAAGGACCUUGCCCCGCCUUCAGAAGGCUUCAUUGAUAAGCCUCCUGCAGAAGCCACGCCUGCUGCUGCUGCUGGAGCUGGCAAGACAACCUAUGUUCCUCCAGGCAUGAGGGCGGGUGCAGAGAGAACCGUACCUGAUAUGAGACGCAGGAACGAAGAGAACUCUGUUCGGGUCACCAACCUCUCCGAAGACACUCGGGAGCCUGACCUGCAUGAGCUCUUCCGUCCUUUUGGGGCUGUGAGCCGUGUGUAUGUUGCAGUUGAUCAGAAAACUGGCAUGAGCCGAGGAUUUGGCUUUGUCAAUUUUGUGAACAAGGAAGACGCGCAAAGAGCCAUCAACAAGCUAAAUGGGUAUGGCUAUGACAAUCUCAUCCUCAGAGUUGAAUGGGCCACGCCAAGAUCAACCUAGAAUGUGUUUUAAUUUGGAAGCAAACUUGCAGAGAUGUUUUAUUUAUUUAUUUUUGUUUUUUUUUUUUAUAAAAUUUUUGAAGUAUAUGCUGGAUGCGUAGACCUUUUUCUAUUUUUGUAUUUUUGUUUCAGAUUAUUUUUGUUGUAUGGUUUUUUGUUUGGUGGA